AAAUCUCUGCUAGGGUUUUAGCUUCACACAUGGAUAGAUAUCAGAAGGUUGAAAAACCGAAACCCGACUCCCCCAUAAACGAGAACGAGAUCCGUAUCACAACGCAAGGCGCUAUCAGAAACUACAUAACCUAUGCCGCUACUCUUCUUCAGGAGAAGCGUGCGAAGGAGAUUGUCUUGAAAGCAAUGGGGCAGGCAAUCAACAAGACGGUAGCCAUUGCUGAGAUUAUAAAGAAAAGAAUUCCUCGGUUGCAUCAAGAUACUGCCAUCAGCUCUGUUAGCAUAACUGAUGUAUGGGAACCCAUUGAAGAGGGUCUUGUUCCUGUGGAGAUGACUAGACAUGUCUCAAUGAUUUCAAUAACAUUAUCAGCUAGAGAACUAAACAAGAACUCUGCUGGGUACCAAGCUCCAUCUAAUGUGGAACCACCAAAGCCACAGUAUCGCUAUCAGUCUCAGCAACAACAGCAACCGCCCAGACAAGGGCAUAUUCCAUACAAUGCUGUUAAUGAAGAUUCGUAUGGUCGGGGCCGAGGCCGUGGUAGGGGGAGAGGGCGAGGUUUUGCUAGGGGUGGAUAUGGACGCUAUCAAGGUGAAAAUGAUGGGUAUUCAAACUGGGGCAGAGGUGGUGGGCGGGGCAGAGACUGGGGUUAUGGUGGAGCCGGAUAUGAAAGAGGCAGAGGUGGAGGGGGCAGAGGCUAUGGCCGGGGCCGUGGAAGGAUGGGUGGCCGAGCAAGGGUUGGUGGGUAUUAAGCAAUAGUCACGGGUUGAUGCUCUAUGUCUGCUUUAACUAAAUGCUUGCAUUGGCCAGAGGGGAAGAUUUAAUGGGAGUAAUACUUUUAAUAGCGUGAAAUGUAGCUUAUGAUCUCCGGCGUUGUUAAGCAGUGGUUUGGCGUUGUUUUUCUGAAAUGCAUAUGUAUGAAUGUGGGCAUGGUUGUUUUGUUGCAUUCGGCCAAGAGCAAGUAGGCAUUGUAUGAUUGCUGUAAUUUUAUGAAAAUAUAUGACAAAUAAGUUGAAAUGAUUGCA